AUGUGUCGUUUGAAUCACGAGUUAUCCGUGUGCGAGAAGUUUGCGCAACUGGAAGUUCCGGACCGUUGGGAAGCAGCCAAGAGACAUGGAGAAACCCAGUUAUCGGCACCCCAAAAACCCAGUGUAAGUCUACUGUCUCAAUCGGCGGACAAGCAGGUGCGUCUCGGGGUAAAAGCAGUGGGCAUAUUAACACCCAGUGGGGUGGUGAAGACGAUGGCGUUCAUUGAUAAUGGAUCCGAUACCACCUUGAUCACCAAACGCUUCACUGUAAAAAACAUCAAAACCCUACCUUCUUCCCUGACGAUCAGCACGGUGAACGGCACCACGGCGAUGUCCGCCAAUCAAGCAAACGUGACGUUGAUUUUGCUAGAUAAUGAGGAAUGA